AUGUCUAUUCACGCCGUCAAACGUGAGCAGUCUCAUCUCGCAUGGGACCACAGCAUCCCACCAGUAUUACGCGUUCAAUCGGGCGAUACCGUUACUUUUGAUUGCCUCGACGCGUCCAAUGGCCAGAUCACUGCCGAGUCGGACAUCAGCGCCAUAGCCUCCCUCGCUUUUGGUCAGCUCGACCAGGUCAAUGGACCUGUUUACGUCUCCGACGCGCAGCCUGGCGACACCCUCCAAGUCGAGGUGCUGCGCGUUGAGCCAGCCAGCUGGGGGUGGACUGCCUCUAUCCCAGGUUUCGGCCUUCUCGCGGAUGAGUUUCCCGUUCCUCAACUGAAGAUAUGGUCUCUGCACCAUGACGAAGAUACCGCGAGCGGUAUAUAUGGCUUCGCAUGGUUUGACGAGGCGCGUGGGAUCAAGAUUCCUCUCAGACCAUUUGCGGGCGAAAUGGGCGUCGCGCAGGCGGCAAAGGGUCCGUUUUCGACUAUCCCGCCGUACAAGACUGGUGGAAAUAUCGAUACGCGCUACAUGUCUGCCGGCUCUACGCUGUAUCUUCCGAUAGAGGUCGAGGGCGCGUUAUUUUCCGUCGGGGAUGGACACGCAGCACAAGGCGAUGGAGAGGUUUGUGGCACAGCAAUCGAGACUUCGACGAAGGUUUCCGUGCGCCUCACUGUGCUUAAGGACAAGCCGUAUGUCCAGACUCCACAUUUCCGGACGACCGCCACCGCAUCGGAGGAAUACUACUGUACGACGGGGGUUGACCCUGAUAUCCGCGAGGCGACACGGGCAGCCGUGCGGAACAUGAUCGCCUACCUGGGUGCAGAGCACGGCCUCAGUAGAAUGGAGGCAUAUAUGCUGUGUAGCGUUGCGGGCGAUCUGCGCAUGCACGAAGUGGUUGAUAUGCCGAACUAUCUGAUUGGAAUGAUGAUGCCGAAGUCCAUUUUUACCAAGGCGAAGUAG